AUUAUUAUUGCUAUCACGAUUAUUCAAUCAUUUCCUUGAAUAACCAUCCUGAAAGAAUUCUCAACAAAUACAACAAUUGUUACUAUCUAUUUUAAAUAAUUACAAAAUUGGCGCGUGGCAUCCGCCCCUGAAAAAUUGCAAUUUCAAGAAAAAAAUCAAAUUUCCCUUUUCUCAUCUCAAAAAAUCCCUCACAAAACCACAAAUCCCGAAAUCCCGAAUUUCAAAUAAUUGCAAAAAUUAGCGCCCCUGGCAUCCGCCCCUGAAAAAUGACACGACGUUACGGGAGUGAUUGCUGAGUCACACACGGCAUUACGAUUUCAUCCGUGGUCUCCGCACGUUCAAAUACUCCACCGGGAAAAUUCCAAAAGGCCCCAAAAUCAUCCCCAAAAAAAUUCAAAAAAUGUGGCGUAAGUAGUUCCACGGGAUUUCGCGUCGUCACCGCACCCCGGGAUCGCGCGAUUCCGUCCGACUAAUCACGACAGAUCGACAAACACCGGAAGCAUCCAAAACAACAAAUAACACCGAACAAUAAAAAAUCAUCGAUCACCAUUACCAUCAUGUGAUUCCGGAAGAAUCGAGUGCAGUGAUAAAAACACCGAACGCCAAAAUACAACGAGUGAGAUAAAAACGUGAAAAAACAUUUGUGGGGGGGAAUAGUGUGUGUGUGAGGUGUCACAUAUGAGUUUUGAGGUUAUUUCAGUGGCACAUGUAACUGACCUACACCAGAGGACCCAGUGAUCACUUUAUUUGCCAUCUGACUGUCCAGCUGAGUGGAGCACUUAAAAGAAUCAUCAAUUUGUUAUUUCUAACCUCAAACGUUAAAAAUCAUAAAUCGAAAUGAAAGGAUUUUCGUGACGACGUGUGAAGAAGUGUCAGGGUGUGAGGAAGUGUCGAAUGAACAAUUUAUUCAAUUCACCAGUACUUGAUCUGUGAUGCUCAAUUUAUUGCUCUUACGUGUACUUAUUUUUUAUUGUCAACUGUGAGGGACAGGUGGUUGCUGUGAUAAUUGAGUGAAUUUCAAGUGUUCAAGUUUCAAGAAAGAAAAAGAAAUGAUUUGUCUGAAGAAAUUGUACAGGGAGGAGCUGCUCCAGUUGGCACUCCUCCUGUCACUUUUGAGAGUUGAUCCAGAGAGUUAUCUGGGGCUUGAUAUUCAGAGGAUUGGGGUGGGAUCGUUGAAUCUUCAUAAUGGAUCUGGGUGGCACACUGAUGCCAGGACUAUCGUUCACAGACCGAUUUUUGUACACCCCAAAAAUCUUGAUUCGAUGCUGAUUAAUUAUGAGAGGGAUCUCUUCGAGGAGUUGAACUCUCUGGGGAGGUACAGCAGAUUGAAUUCUACGAGGAAUGAUAUUCAUGCUUAUCUACUGAAUGUCGAGGACUCUGCUAGGGAUGAGAUACCUGGAGGCAGCUCUCAGGGAGACUCCAGCGAACCUGAUGCACCUACUGAGGCUCAGGGAACUGCUGAACUCACGCAAGAGGACAUGGAUCUGAUCGAGGUGCUGUGGAAGCAGGAUGUUGAUUUGGGACUUCCACUGGUGGAUCCGGAUCAAGUGAGUCAGAGUCCAUCGACUUCGGAGAAAAGUUCACCGGAUGAAAUCGAGAAACUCAAGACUUUGGAGGCAAUCAAUGCAUCGAAAAUCGAGGACAAGGAGGAGACGGAGGAGCUGAAGGAAGAGGAUCCCUGGGCUGGACUGUCUUACACCAUCGACUUGGAGACCGGUGAAUAUAUACCCACGGGUAGUCCGAGUGGUUGUGGAAGCAGCAGUGGAGAAGGUGGAGAUCAAUUUUUGGGUGGACCAUCGCUUAAUCUAGAAUCACCGAUCGGUCUCACCGAUGAUUCUCUAGGAUUGACUGAUAGUCUAGGUCUUGAAGAUGAUUUUGCAUCGGAAUUGCUGAGUGAUAGUUUACUCGGUGACGGGGUUGAGGGUCUUCUCAGCAACGACUCGUUGGGUCUGCCCGACGGAUUCAAUCUCGAAGAGGCACUACAGCUCGUCGGCCUCAAUGAGGUCCAGCCAGAGGAAAUAAAGCAAGAGGAGAAGAAGAAGAAGUUAGACUCGGCGAAAUCAAGUUCUUGUGAUCUUCCUGGUGGCAGUGAGUCAGAAAGUGAUCUCAAUUCAUCAAGGGACGAUCCCGAAGGCGACGAUAUGAUUCACACACCGCAGUUCCAUCAUCCCCAUCAUUCCCACCGAUCCUUGCAGGGACGUGUGCCAUUUAUGCGGACCAUGAGUAUGGACCAGAGGUGGCCAGACCUGUCGUCAUUCCUCUCAACUCCAGAGCACUUCACCCACCCUGGACACCCCUACCCUGGCCAUGGAAUAAGUCAUCACAGCCAUUACGACGCCCAACGUAAUGUUCUGCUCCACAAUGCAACCCUCGCACCACCAGUUGGUGAUCUCAACUCCACUGGACCGUAUCACCACGUUGGUGGGCCAUCGAAUUUUGGAUCAGCUGUUGCCACAUCGAUGAACCUCACCAACAGCAGUGAACCCAUGGGCCCUGAGAACAAUGGGGCAUACAAAACCGAACCCAGUGACAUGAUGUAUUAUCAAGCACCACCGACAGACUCCAUGAAUCAAUCCUCAGAGACACUUUUCUCAUCACUUCUCACUGAAGAAGACUUUGCACUCAUGGAUAUGGGAGUUAAUGAGAGCAUGUACUCGAUGCGAAUGCUGGACAGCAGCAAUAAUGCAUCAGGUCCAACAGGAGCAGCUGCACUUCCUGGAGUCCAGGGUGGUGGCAAUAAUGGAGGAUCAGGUGUUGUGACAUCCCUAGGUGGUGUGACAGAUGAGAGAAUGGAUGCAUCAAGUGACAGUGCUGUCAGUAGUAUGGGAAGUGAACGUGGACCCCUCUCCGAUGGUGAGUGGAUGGAGACUGGAUCAAACUCAAGUCACACACAGCCUGAUACCCAUUAUUCCAUGGAUUACGCAAGUAAAUAUCGUAUGCCAUACGACUGCAAUUACUCGAUAGCAGGGAGAACCGGUGGAUCUCCACGGUGUCAAGCUGAUCGAGUGCCUCCGGUUGCCCAGAAGAAGCACCAGAUGUUUGGGAAGAGAUGCUUCCAGGAGCAGGGGCCAGGAUCUUUGCUGGGUGCCAGUCCUCAUCCAACGACUCCAAUUAAAUAUGAAUAUGAGGGGCACACGGUGGGUGCUGGACCCCCUGGAAAUGCUUACUCUGGACCCAUUGAAGGAGCUGCUGGACCCCAAUCUGAGCUGAAAUACAGCUGCAGUCUAGAUUUCUCGCGCCAUCAAGCUGUUCCACAAAUACCAGGGAGGACAGCAUUGGAACACAUUCAUCAUAAUCACACGUAUCACCUGCCCGGUGACAGCUCUGGACCCAUGCAGAGACCGUUAUCACGCGAUAAAAAAGUGGAGUUUUCAGCAGUCAGCAGAAGGUAAUGUUCUCCUGGUACCAAAAAAUCAGACAAAUUCCCACCACUCGCGUUCAUCGACGAUGGAGCCAAAAGCAAAGCCAGAUCCUGAGCACAAGGAAUGAAAUUCACGUUGUCGUGCUCCAAAGCGAUUGAUAAUCAGGAGAUGAAGUUGAAAAAAAAAAUCUGUAUCGAAGGUACAGUGGGGAUCACGUUGACAACGAUGAGCCGAACAACAACGAAAAAUCCAGGGACAAAGGAAAAUAAAAUAAUUAAGUCUGACAGCAGAAAAUCAGCUGGAUCCCUGGACACUGAUUAUCUCUGAUGAAUGCUUGAAACCGAGACCUGAGGUAUUGAGUAUUGACGGCAAGGCCGUAAUAGCUGUACCAGGGCAAUUAUUAUUUAUCUAGCUCAAACGACAGAAUGCCAAUGAAUGAUUAAAUCUACCUCGAUUUUUCAAUCAUUAUUUCGUUGAAAAUUAUUCUCGGUGAGAUUAUCAGAUCAACUAUUCAGGAUAUCCUAUUGUUGUUUUUGAUAUGAUUUUAUGUUUAUUAGUCAGGGGAGAGGGUUUUUGUUGUUAUAUGAAAAACAUGAAUUUUCUUUUUUUAUUGUUUUGCCUCUCGACCCUGAAUGGAAAAAUAUGAAAAUCGAGGUUCCAACAGUCAUUAACUCAUUUUCCCCCCACCCAGAAUGCCCGAGUGAUUGAAGAAUUUUUUGGAAAAUUAUUCUGCUGGAUGGAUUAUAGUAAUUGAGAGGUAAUGAGGUAUAAGUCGAAUUUAUACUUUUGGAAUCGCGAAUUUAUCUCGAGAAGUAGCGAUUUUUCGGAGAAAUGGUAGAGGAAUUAUUUGGAGUUAAUGAAAUUUCCGAGAAAAACGGUCUACUAGCAUUUUUACGUAGAAUCGAUAGUUUUAGAGAUAUCGUUGAUUGUGGAGAGUAUUGCAUUCGACUUGUCUGAUUUCACCACUUGGUUACUGAUUUGUAAAACACAAAUGCUUGUUGUAAAGAUUCACGUACAAAUUCGAUUUGUAUCCGGUUAUUUAAAAAUAAAUAAUAACAAACUCGAAUGCAUCGUAUUGCGAUCACUGAGUGAUCAUGCCGCAUAAAUUGUAAUUUUUUAGGUGCUAAGAUGGAGUUUAAACUGGAUAAAAUGGAGAAUUGAUAUAAAAACGUAAUUAAUUAAAGUGAUGGGAAUGUGAAGAUCUAUUUUAAAAAUUAUUGUCCAACAAUAUGAACGAAGAAAUAGAUAUUUCCUGCAAUUUGUGCAUUUAAAUGAUUUGUGACGCAUAUUGUGGUUGAUUAAUAAAAGGCAAAUGAUUGAGGUAUUUUCUGGAUAAAUGCAAAGUUACUGCUGCAAUAUUUAUAGUACUGCGUCGUACUCCGAUGUAUGAGGGAAAAUUUUAACUAAAGAUUCAAUAUUUUUAUAUAAUGUUAACAGACAGAUGGAAAAGUUGGUCGAAGAAAAAAAAAAUGAUAACAACAUUCAGGUAUUUCACAUUUGCCUUUUUAUGUAAAUAUCGAUGUAGCUAGUUUAAUUUUUCUAUAAGGAUAUUGCGUAAUUAUAUGAUAGAAUUAAUGAGAGAUGUGUUUGAAAUGAUACGGAAAAACGAAUAAAUAUAAGAAAUUUAUUGCUGCUAAUUUAGAAAGUGAAAAAUUAUUGAAUAUGUAUUUUUCUGUUCUGUUUUUUUUUUCACUGGGAGUCGCGAACCAUCGGUUUCUGGGGAAAAUGGUAGAGGACUUUUUUGUGACUCGUUUGAUUAUACUGGAAAAAGGUCUUUUCACUUUUUUUCGUAAGAUCAAUGGUUUUUGAGAUUAAUGGAUCAAUUUUUACAGAAAAAGUGUAAAAUUUCAAUUAUAUGUUUUCAACGUGUUUUGUUGUUAUCGAAUUAUCUCGAAAACUAUUAAUUUCCGGUAGAAACGUCAGAGGAAAUUCCUCUAGAUGAUUCAAUUUCGGAGAGAAAAGUCAUUUGGUAUUUUCCUCUGAAAUCAACAGUUGGCGAAAUAAAUGGAGAGUUCCGGAGAAAUUGUAGCAGAUUUUAUGAAUCUGUUGUAUUUUUCUCGUUCUUUCUUCACUAGAGUUUAUUUUGGCAAAUGUAUAUACAUAGGACGGGGUACUUUUGACAAACCGUACUUGGCAGAUGGAGAUCGAGCUGUUGAGUAAUUUUUUAAUUCUUGUUUUAUGCAAAUAAAAGACGUGAGGAAAAUUACAAAUUUUUUUAUCCCACUGGGAAUUUUGGAUAAGACUUGCAUUUAUAGAUCUCUCAUAGUCAUUCUCAUUGUAAAAAGAUUUAAUAAAAUAUGUGGGUUAUAGGAA